AUGACGACAUCAUCGAUUCCAACGCUGCUCAUCGUGAUGGGAACGUCCGGCUCCGGGAAAUCGACGGUAGGAUCCGCACUGUCAAGCGCUCUUUCCUGUCCCUUUGUCGAUGGAGAUGAUCUGCAUCCACCGAGCAACGUCGAAAAGAUGUCCCGGGGUCAGCCUUUGAACGAUGCGGACCGGGAACCUUGGUUGCUUCGCAUUCGACAAACCGGGUUGCAACUGGCUACCUCCCAAACCGAAUCCCCCAUCAGUCCCAAAAAGAGCGAGAUUGGAAAGGUCGCUGAAGUUCUCGAGACGUCUUCCACGACAAAAACUUCGACCGAUCACGUCGUCGCUACCACCCGCGGUCAAGUAGGCGAGAAUGAGGUCAAGGGACCCAGUAAGCAUCUUGCCGUCAUCGCGUGUUCCUCCCUCAAACUCAUCUACCGUCGACUACUUCGCGGAACCAUUUCUUCUCUACAAGAUCCGAAAGCGCUGCAGAGCGAACAGGAACAACCGAAGGAUUUGAGGGUAGUGCACGUGUAUCUCGAUCUAACGCGGGAAUUGUUGGAGGAGAGAAUGUCGAAUCGAAAAGGACACUUUAUGAAGCUCGACAUGUUGUACAGUCAAUUGGAUACGCUGCAGGUUCCAGAUGAGGAGGCAGAGAUGGGCGUGGUGAGGGUAAAGGUGGAGAGGCAGACGACGACGGACGAGAUCAUCGCGGAUGUGGUGGACAAGUUGAAGGACAAGAGCGUGAUUUGA